AUGGUGCCAUCUAGCUCGGAAAACGGCCGACUAGUGGGGCUUACAGUUGCCGACAGGCCGGACACCUUGACGAAAAGACAUUUCAUCCGACGCCGAGCCGCAGUCGGUCAAAGCAGCUUCGCAGUCGAAGCAGAUGCACCUCCAUCUGUUCGUUCCGUCGAUGUCUCCAACAAUACUUCAGCCUACAUCCCGUUGGAAGAUGUUCAAAUUGUCCAACUCAAGAGCGGGGCAACACCGUCAGCCACCGGACGGCCCGGACGCUGUAGCCCAGGGAAACCCAGCUACAGUGCGCUGCGCCAGAGGCCGAUUGAACGCCAAAGUGCGGACUGUCUUUACUGGCAUUCUACACGAAGCUUAGACAAGCCGGAAAAUGGAUUAAGAUAUGCGAAAAUUCUGCUCAAUUCGAGCGAUUUUAGAGACGUGUUCGCAGAACACAUACCUCACAAACAAUACCACAAGACUGCUGUGCUACUACCCAAAAUUGAUAAGCGCCCGAAUGCAAAGACAGCUUUUACCGGAAGACCAUUCAACUUGAGUUUCACUAAGGAUUAUUCCAAGUUUUUACACAACUUGGAUUCUCUUCCGCAUGAGCUUUGCGUCAUGAGGAAACUUGUAGCUUCGUUCAAACUCGAUACACUCAAGAGAUACGAGUUCCGAGAUUGGGGAGGAUCACCAUUAUGGAUCUUUGUCUUGAACCACAUAAUCGUCACCAAUUUCUCAUCGGCAUGGAACAACUCGAAAAGAUUCGCACGCGACAAGGGAAUUCCGGAUACAGGUAAAGUUCUUGAGAGCAUGAUUCUGCGUCUCACGGAAAAGGAAAGAGGUCCUGUUGAUUCUGUCUUUGACCUCGCAGAGAUACACCACCCGGAAACAUUUGACUACUCAAUCAACUACAUUGACUUUCAGGUCCAUUUCUCGUCCGUCGGCUGA